CGCCGCCCCCUCCCCAGCGCCGGGCGGGCUCCGCGGCGGCCGGGCGGCCCCAGCGGGAGGAAGCGAUGAAUAUUCAGAGGGGGAGGGGGCAGGGAGGGGGCUGAGCGCUCGGCUGGGCGCCCCGCAGCCCGAGCCGCAUGACGCGCCGGGGAGGCAGCGGGAGCGGCGGGAGCUCCGGGAGCGGGGAUCCGGGCGCCGCGCACGAGCGGUGGGCGCUGCUCGCUCCGCCCCGCGAAGCCCCUGCGCGCUCGGGGACGCGUCCCCCCUGCGGCCGCCGCGCCGGGCUCCGCCGUGUGGCCGCCGCUGCCGCCGCUGCCAUGUCCCCGGGGAAGCCCGGGGCGGGCGGAGCGGGGACGAGGCGGACCGGCUGGAGGAGGAGGAGGAGGCGGAGGCGGCGGCUGGAGGCGGCGACGAGGACGCCCGGGCUGGGGCGCUCGGCGGGGCCCGAGUCGCGCGUCGCGGGCGCGUUCCAGGGCGCGCGGGGCAUGAAGCCGGCGGCGCGGGAGGUGCGGGAGGCGCGGCCGCCUCCUCGUCCGCCUGGGCUGCGCUGGGCGCUGCCGCCGCUGCUGCUGCUGUCGUUACUGGGCAAGAUCCUGUGCACAGAGCCAAAUCCUGUGUCUGGUCUCCGCUAUGACUACCUGAAUUUGACGGAAGUUGAACUGUCCUGGAAGACUGAUAACAGCACUGCCACCUGCUGGAUGAUCCUGGAAGCUACUGAAAACAAUAAGACACUGGUCAAUGACUCAACCCUGAAACCGGGGGUGCAGUACCAUGUCAAUCUGUCUUUGCAAUUAAACGAGACUUCCAUAAAUGACUUGACUGCCAUCAACAUAGAGGCCACUCCUGGCCCCCACUUCGGGCACCAGAAUGUCACCCUAGGCACCGAGCAUCCUCUGAAUGACAGCAUCAAGGUCCAGUUGGUUGGACUGAAGCCUGACACACAGUACAACGUCACCGUGUAUUCUCAAGCAGCUGAUGGCAAGAAAGGAGAGGCCCAGGUCCUGGGGUUCAGGACAGAUUCUGCUAAUGUUUUUGAUGUCAGAGUUGUGGCCAUCAGUCCCACGAACAUGACUUUGACUUGGAACAUCAGUGGCAACACAUCAUACUUUGUUUACACCUAUGAAAUCCACGUUGCUGGGGGGACCAGCCAAAACCUCAGUGUCACCGUCAACAAGACUGUUGCUGUCAUUGCCCCACUGCAGUCGAGUGCCUUGUACAACGUCACCAUAUAUCCUUUCUUGGUCAACAGCUCUGCAGGCACGCCGGGCUUCCUCCAGCUGUACACCCCCCCUGGCCCAGUGUCCGAUUUCCGAGUGAUGAGUGUCAGCACAAGGGAAAUUGGCUUAGCUUGGAACAGCAGUGACUCAAACUUAUUCAGGAUAGUUACUACAGAGACUGGAACUGGAAGAUACCAAGUGAAUACAACUGAUCACCAAAGUAUUGUCAUUGAUGGCUUAUACCCUGGAACCAAGUAUCAUUUUGAAAUAUUUCCACAAGGACCCAAUGGGACUGAAGGGGACUCCAAGACAGUGGACAGUGUUACUGAUCCCAGUGCGGUGUCUGACCUCCGUGUGGUCUCUUUCACCACAACUGAAAUGCAGUUGCAAUGGAACAGUUCAGACGGUGCUUCUGAUUACACCUACCAGCUCGUUAUCCAGAGAAACCAUGCUUCUCAAUACAGAAACACCUCGGACAAUGAAAUCACUCUCACAGAUCUGGUCCCAGGAACUUUAUAUAACAUCACCAUCUACCCAGAAUUGAAUAAUGUCCAAGGCCACGCCAACUCCACUGAGCAUUACACACGGCCCAAUGAUGUGUCUGACAUUGAAGUCAUCACCACCACCACAGCAGCCAUCCUGACGUGGCAGAAUUUGGAUGAAGCUGCUCCCACUUAUACCUACUGCCUUCUGGUCAAGAUGGAUGACAAUUUUACUGAGGUCAGAGAGGUGGUCACAGACAUUGGCGUCAACUUUACAACACUCACCGACUUGAUCCCUGGUUCCUCGUACACAGUGAUCAUCUCUACUCAAGUAGGGAAUGCCAUCAAGUCCCUGGCACCUGCCACACAGUCAUUCUGCACAGAUCCUGCGCCGGUUGCCCCCGUCCACUGUGAAGUGGUCCCCCAACAGCCCACGCUGGUUCUCAAGUGGGUCUGCCCCGAGGGCAGCAACUCAGGCUUCAAGCUGGAGGUCAGCAGGGGUGCUUGGGCCAACACCAGCGACCUGGAGAGCUGCUCCCCAGACAACGGCACCGAGUACAGGACGGAGGUCAUGCACUUGAACUUUUUUACCUUCUACAACAUCAGCGUCGCCACCGUUUCCUGCAACAAGACGGCGCCCCCCACCCACAACGCCUGCCUCACAGGCAUUGCAGCGCCCCCUAGUCCAGCUGGAUCCCCUAAUAUUACAUCUGUUAGUCACAAUUCCGUCAAGGUCAAGUUCGAUGGGUUUGAAGGCAGCCACGGACCCAUCAAAGCUUAUGCAGUCGUUGUCACCACCGGCAGGGCAGCCACCCCAUCUGCAGAUGUCUUAAGAUUCACCUACGAAGAUUUCAAGAAUGGGGCCUCGGAUACCUAUGUGACAUACCUCAUACUAACGGAGGAGAGCCUGCGUGCACAGGACUUAUCUGAAGGGCGGAAGUACGAGAUCAACGUUGGGAACAAGUCCACCACGCUCGGCUACCACAAUGGGGAACUGGAACCUCUGGGUUCCUAUCGGGCAUGUGUGGCUGGCUUCACCAACAUCACCUUCACUUCUCCCUACAACAAGCUCAUCAACGGGGCAGAGAGCUACGUGUCUUUCGGUCCCUGCUCAGAGGCUGUUGUGUUGCCUCAGGAUCCAGGUGUCAUCUGUGGAGCUGUCUUUGGCUGUAUUUUGGGGGCUCUGGUGAUUGUGGCUGUGGGCGGCUUCAUCUUCUGGAGAAAGAAGAGGAAAGAUGCAAAGAACAACGAAGUGUCCUUUACUCAAAUUAAACCUAAAAAAUCCAAGUUAAUCCGAGUGGAGAAUUUUGAGGCCUACUUUAAGAAACAGCAAGCUGACUCCAACUGUGGGUUUGCAGAAGAAUAUGAAGAUCUGAAGCCUGUUGGAAUUAGUCAACCCAAAUAUGCUGCUGAACUGGCUGAAAACAGAGGAAAGAAUCGCUAUAAUAAUGUCCUGCCUUACGAUAUUUCCCGAGUCAAGCUUUCAGUCCAGACCCAGCCAACUGAUGACUACAUCAAUGCCAACUACAUGCCUGGCUACCAUUCUAAGAAGGAUUUCAUUGCCACACAAGGACCUUUACCUAACACUUUGAAAGAUUUCUGGAGAAUGGUUUGGGAGAAAAACGUAUAUGCCAUUGUGAUGCUGACCAAGUGUGUUGAGCAGGGAAGGACCAAAUGUGAGGAGUACUGGCCCUCCAAGAAGGCUCAGGACUAUGGGGACAUAACGGUAUCAAAUACAGCAGAAAUCAUUCUUCCAGAAUGGACCAUCAGAGACUUCAUGGUGACAAAUAGCCAGACAAGUGAGACUCACCCACUGCGACAGUUCCAUUUCACCUCCUGGCCAGACCACGGUGUGCCUGACACCACUGACCUGCUCAUCAACUUCCGGUACCUUGUUCGUGACUACAUGAAACAGAGUCCCCCCGAGUCGCCGGCUCUGGUGCACUGCAGUGCCGGCGUUGGAAGGACGGGCACUUUCAUUGCUAUAGACCGUCUGAUCUAUCAGAUGGAGAAUGAGAACACCGUGGAUGUCUAUGGAAUUGUGUAUGACCUGCGGAUGCACCGGCCUUUAAUGGUGCAAACAGAGGACCAGUAUGUUUUCCUGAAUCAGUGUGUUUUGGAUAUAAUCCGAUCUCAGAAGGACUCAAAAGCUGAUCUCAUCUACCAGAAUACAACUGCCAUGACAAUCUAUGAAAACCUUACACCAGUAACUGCAUUUGGAAAGACGAAUGGUUACAUUGCCUAAUUCCAAAGGAAAAACCUUUCCGGAGUGAACCCAACCGUCAGACCCACAGUAGAGGAAACAGCCCCGUGUCUAUGUCUAGUAUCUUAGUUCUUUGUUCUGUUUUGUUCGAACUAAUUGGAGGCUAUGAAGCUGCACAUGAUAAAAAACACACGGCAGAUAAGAAGUUGGGGCCCUCAGGGGGCUGUGGAUGGGUGGUGAACAGCUCACCCACAUUCCCAGAGGCAGUGGGAUGAGUUCACUUUUUUUUCUUCUUCUUGAGGAUUAUGGAAAACCAAGAAAAGUGAGCUAUGCUUUUUUUUCCCCCCCCCUUUUUCCUUCUUUUUUUCUUUCAAAACAGAUUCUUUUUAAAAAAGACUAUUUUAUAUGAUUCACACGCUAAAGCCAGAAUUGUGUUCGGUUGAAUAUAUUUGAAGUAUCAGAGGUCUAUUUUUACUUACUGUAGCUUGGAAUCUAGCUGAUGGAAAAUACAUAAUCAUGGGUGAUGAUCCUGUAGGGGGUGGGGCGUUUCUGGCGCCUCUCCCGCCUGGGUUUUCUAUUUUGAACAUGUGCCUUUUCUGAAUUAUGCUUCCACAGGCAAAACUCAGUAGAUAUCUCUA